AUAGCAGCGGCUCGGCAGGGGUGGGACGCGCAGGCUGCGCUCGGGAUACCCACUCACGCUCACACACUCACGCACACACACACACACACACUCCUGCCCACUAGAGACCAGUUAAAUCGGCAGGAAAGCGGCGAACACACAGCAGAAGCGUCCUGGUCUAAUCCAAUUGAUGAGAGAGUGAAGGGAACGCAGCGGACUAGCGGAGCCACUCAGGACGGCUCCUUUCUUUUUGCUGCGCAUUUUCACUUUAUUUACCUGACAUUAAGAGGAGGACAUCAUUGUGAGGACUUUGAUACACUUUAAGGAUGCGGCAGUGUAAAGGCUGGAGCGUGUUGCUGCUGGUGCUGUUGGGUCUGGGAUCUCUGGCUCAGAAGCUGCCCACUAGAGAUGAAGGGCUUUUCCAGAUGCAGAUUCGAGACAAGUCUUUGUUCCAUGACUCUUCGGUCAUUCCAGACGGAGCUGAGAUCAGCGGUUACCUGUUCAGGGACACGCCGAAAAGGUACUACUUUGUGGUGGAGGAGGACAACACACCCUUGUCUGUUACGGUGACACCUUGCGACGCUCCUCUGGAGUGGAAACUGACUCUGCAGGAGCUGCCAGAGGAGGCCAGUGGAGAAGGAUCAGGAGAGCCCGAACCGCUGGACCAACAGAAGCAGCAGGUGACAGUAGAUGAGGGAACAGAGCUGUUCACGUACAAGGGCAACGACGUAGAGUCCUACGUGGCCACCAGCACUCCUUCGGGUCUGUACCAGCUGGAACUGUUGUCCACGGAGAAGGACAGCAACUUUAAGGUGUAUGCCACGACAACCCCGGAGUCUGAUCAGCCUUACCCGGAGCUGCCCUACGACCCUCGUGUGGACGUGACAUCACUUGGUCGCACCACUGUAACCUUGGCCUGGAAGCCCACACCAACUGGCUUUUUGAUGGGCCAGCCGGUUCAGUAUUGUGUUGUCAUUAACAAGGAGCACAACUUCAAGAGCAUGUGUGCUGCGGAGGCAAAGAUCAGUGCCGACGAUGCAUUCAUGAUGGUGCCCAAACCCGGCAGAGAUUUUAGCCCUUUUGACUUCAGCCAUUUUGGCUUUGUUCCCUCAGACAAUGGUUUCAGCAAGGACAGAGGGCUGACCAGCAACAAGAUCUCUCGGGCGUAUUCCAUCAAACCUAAAUCAUCUGACAUACAGAAAGUGUGUAUCGGCAACAAGAACAUCUACACUGUGGCUGAGCUGAAACCAGACACGCAGUACUACUUUGAUGUGUUUGCUGUGAAUUCGGCGACCAACACCAGCACAGCGUAUGUUGGCACUUUCGCACGCACAAAAGAGGAAGCGCGUCAGAAGACAGUAGAGCUCAAGGACGGCAAAGUAUCUGAUGUUUUCAUCAAGAGGAAGGGAAGCAAAUUCCUUCGGUUUGCUCCCGUGUCUUCACACCAGAGAGUGACAUUGUUCGUCCACACGUGUCUGGAUUCUGUCCAGGUGCAAGUAAGGCGUGAUGGAAAGUUGCUCUUGUCCCAAAAUGUUGAGGGAGUACGACAGUUCCAGCUCCGCGGGAAACCAAAAGCCAAGUACCUGAUUCGUCUGAGGGGCAGCAGGAAAGGAGCCUCCACUCUGAAGGUGCUGGCCACCACAAAGCCCAGCAGCAAACAGCCCUUCCCCUCACUUCCAGAGGACACGCGUAUCAAGGCCUUCGACAAGCUGCGCACAUGCUCUUCUGUGACCGUAGCUUGGCUGGGCACCCAAGAUCGCAACAAGUACUGCAUUUACCGAAAAGAGGUGGCGGAAAAUUACGGUGAGGAGCAACGGAGGAGGGAACAGAACCAAUGUGCUGGACCAGACACUCGCAGGAAGUCAGAAAAGGUCCUGUGCAAGUACUUCCAUAGUCCAAAUCUGCAGAAAGCUGUGACCACAGAGACCAUCGCCGGUCUGGAGCCAGGCAAGACCUACCUGCUGGACGUUUACGUGGUGGGACACAGUGGCCACUCAGUGAAAUACCAGAGCAAACUGGUGAAAACACGGAAGUACUGCUAAAUGACUCUGCAGAGAAUAAAUCUAUUAUAAAUAUAUAUUAAAUAAGUUUAUUUAACUCGAAGUGAUAUUCUACUAAGGAGCGUAAACAGACUACUCACACAGCUGAUGGGCCUGUGGCAGUGACUGAACUGUUUGUUGAGCGAUAUCGACCUGUAUAUUUAUGUUUACAUGGCUUGUCUGGGUGGUCCUUUGUGUGAGGUGCAUCAUAACCAGACAUGUCCUGCCAUUUUGUUGCCUCUGGGGAGGCAGAACUUCAAAAAUCAUGGUUCUUUUUUUUGCUGCUGCAUGACACAUCUGCUUUUGUCUGACUUACUUGCCUGUUCCUUCAACUUCAACCAAUGACCUGAGGAGAUACAGUAACAAAACGCAUUGUACAGUUCUCUUAUUCCAUAUUUACCUCCUGUUUUAAGAGGAAUUUAAAUUAUUUCAUGCCUUCGUCUCUCUCUUCUCAGUUUUUUACAAUAAUAACUAGAAGGAAAUUCCAGUUUUAAGAGGAAGCUGUUGCUCAGACAUUCCCGUCUCUGUUUGAUCGAGAGCCCAUCUUGUAAAUGUGUUCUGUGCUGGAGAUCUGUGUUAAUAUCACUGUAUCGCUGUGUGUUCACAUGUACAGAGUUGUCCUGCCAGUAAUCAUGUACAUAAACGCUAAAUAUAGAAAACAUAAUCCCUGUGUCACCCUCGGUGUCAUGUUCUUUUUGCCAAGCAGUUAACAUCACGAUCAUGGCUCUGAGAUGAAAGAGCACGCUACGUUUUUGUGUUUAUAGAUCCAGACGCUUGAAAUUAGGGUUGAACCUGAUACUCUGAGUGAGCUGAAAUGAGCCCAGAAAUAACUUCUGACAGACUCUGUGGAUGAAUUCAAUUCUGGCUGGAUUUCGAGCUUAUUUCAAAAGAUCAGAGACGUCUUCGCUUGGAAAAUAAUACCUCUCCGGCACAUCAAUGUCAAUCAUGUCAUGUUUGAUAGAUGUAUAGUAUUAAAAUGGACUGUAUCGUACUUAUCUUGUCUGGAACGCCAUUCAUAUUUUUUUAUAAUGAGCGAUUUUGCAAACAAGAAAGAAGCAACACAACUUUGACCAAGAAGUUAUAUCCAUGUAUCGACAUUUUUGUUCCUCACUGCUCAGGGGUAACAACAUGAAGAUGGUUGCUCCCUCUAAAAAAACAGAUCCAUUUAAAGAUGAGUGAGCUGUACUCAAUCACAAUGUUUCAUGCAUGUUCAAUGUAUGACCAUGAUCUGAU